AUGUCAGUUAAAGAAGAUAUCCCUGCUAUUUUCCUCGAAAAGAUUUCUCCAAGAGGUCUUGAAGCUAUUCAAAAGACUAAAGAUUUCGUUCACAACUAUUGUCUUCCUGCUGAUCAUAUCUAUCAUGAACAACUCUCAACUGAUCCAAAGUUAAGAUGGUCUUCAAUUCCUCCAGUUAUGGAAAAAUUAAAGAAAAAAGCUAAAGAACUUGGUUUAUGGAAUAUGUUCUUAUCCAAACACUACAAGGAAGGUCCGCAAUAUACCAAUUUAGAAUAUGGUCUUAUGGCUAGAUAUUUAGGUAGAUCAUAUACUGCUCCUGAAGCUACCAAUACUGCUGCUCCAGAUACUGGUAAUAUGGAACUUUUAGCUAAGUAUGGUAAUCCAUAUCAUAAGAGUAAAUAUUUGCAACCAUUAUUGGAUGGAGAAAUUAGAUCAGCCUUCUUGAUGACUGAAAAGGGUACUUCUUCCUCUAAUGCUUUAAAUAUCUCAUGUAGUGCUAUUAAAAACUCAAGAGGUAAUUAUGUCGUUAAUGGACUUAAAUGGUUUGCUUCUGGUGCUGGAGAUCCAAGAUGUUCAGUUUGGUUAGUUAUGUGUAAGACUGAUGAUAAUUCCAAGAAUCCUUAUCGUAACCAUACUGUCUUGGUUCUUGAUGCUAAGAGAGCAUUGGCUUCUGGAAAAGCUAAAUUAGUUAGACCAUUACAUGUUAUUGGUUAUGAUGAUGCUCCUCAUGGACAUUGUGAAAUUGAAUUCAAUGAUUAUGAGGUUCCAAGUGAUGAAAUGGCCAAUGUGGUUUUAGCUGGAGUUGGAAGAGGGUUUGAAUUGAUUCAAUCACGUUUAGGUCCAGGGAGAAUCCAUCACUGUAUGAGAGCUAUUGGUGUUGGUGAAUUUGCUUUAUUAAGAGUUGCUCAUCGUGCUAAUAAUAGAAUGAUCUUUGGUAAACCAAUGAAAGAAAGAGAAAGUUUCCUUAACAAGUUUGCUCAAAGUAGAAUUGAUAUUCAAAGAUGUCUUUUAUUGGUUUUGAAUGCUGCUCAUAAGAUUGAUAUCAGUGAUGCUAAAUCAGCCCAAAAGGAAAUUGCUAUGGCUAAGAUUGAAACCCCAAGAACUAUUUCAGAAAUUCUUGAUUGGGGUAUUCAAGUAUUUGGUGCUGAAGGUGUUUCUCAAGAUACUGAAUUAGCCCGUAUGUAUGCUCAUAACAGAACCUUGAGAAUUGCUGAUGGUCCUGAUGAAGCUCAUUUAGCUCAAUUGGCUAGAAAUGAAGCAAAGAGAUUUGAUGAAAUUGAAAAGUUCUUUGCUUCCUAUGAAGGAAACAGAGCCAAGGUUAACAAGUUGUAG